AUGGAGCAAGUUCAGGAUCUUGUGCUUGACUCAUUAAAACCAUACCUGAUUCCUAUAACUCGCAACCUACCUGACCCAAUCAAUGACCUAGCCAUCAGCCUCCUCGGCGAACGCUGCCACAGCGCCCUCCUCCUCGACCUCGACUUCGCCUCCCAUCCCGAAUGCGUAUCCCUGGCCAUCUCAAAGGCCCUGGGCAUUGUGAUUAUCACGGCCGCCUCGGUCGUGAAAGUGCCGCAAAUCAUCAAACUCGUCAAGUCCCAAUCUUCCGAGGGAUUGUCGUUCACAAGCUACUUGUUGGAAACAGCCAGCUUUGUCAUUACCCUGGCGUAUAACAUGCGCAAUGGUUUCCCUUUCAGCACAUACGGCGAGACGGCUCUCAUCGCUAUCCAGGAUGUGGUGAUCAGCGUGUUGAUCCUGGUGUAUUCAAAGAAGAGUGCCCAGGCAGGCGCCUUUCUCGCCGCCUUCGGCAGUGCGGUCUAUGCGCUGAUGGUCUCGGACACACUUGUCUCGGACGCGCAAAUGACCAGCUUGCAAGCGGGCGCUGGCGCAUUGAGCAUCGCCAGCAAACUGCCGCAGAUCCUCACGAUCUACAGCCAGGGUGGAACAGGUCAGUUGUCGGCGUUUGCCGUCUUCAACUACUUGUUUGGCAGCCUGAGUCGGAUCUACACUACUAUCCAAGAGGUGGACGACAAGCUGAUCCUGUACGGAUUUAUCGCCGGGUUUGUGCUGAACGCGGUUUUGGCGGCGCAGGUGGUUUAUUAUUGGAACAGUUCGACCACCGCAGGGCAUGCGAAGGAGUUGGCCAACAAGGGAAGAGGUGGCCCGCAGGGCGUUGGCCAAAAAGGGAGCGCGGCGUUGGCAACAGAGGAGGCGACCAGGCUGAGCCCGGGAACUGCCAGCGCAUCGGCUAGACCGAGCAGCAGCAGUGGGAGAAGAAGAGGAUGA